CUCGUUACAUUUACAGCUCGGUCCAGUCUCGCGAUCUACGAACAAUGACAGCACCCAUCGAGAUCCGAGAAGCAACCCUAGCAGAAAUCCCUUCCCUCACAACAAUCGUCAAGAGAUCUUUCCAUCCUGUGAACCCAUAUAUCAAAGGAUGCUUCCCGGAUACGCCGGCUGUUGCCAAAUGGUGGACCCGAGUCUACACGGAUGAAAUCAAUGCAGAAUACUGUCAUGUUCUCAUCGCCUACGAUCCCUCAGCAGAACUUGCCACCAGAGUCGUUGGAGUCCUUUGUCUCCGACUCAUGCAAGCAGAUGAUCGUUCAGGAGGCUUCAUGUCGCAAUAUGAAUUGACUCCAGAUCAUGAUGCAUCGCUACUUAUACCCGCUGUCGAUACCAUCAUCGAAGGACGGAAGAAAGCUUUCGAACCUCCUGGAAAAUAUGCUGGGCAGAAGAAUUACCUCCUCGAACUCUUUGGCGUGGAUCAUGACUACAAGGGACGAGGCUUUGCGAGGAAAUUGUUGGAAGCUGCAGGGAGAAUAGCUGAUGAGGCUGGGUUGGUGACUUUCGUAGAGGCGAACGCGAAAGCUGCGCCGCUGUAUGUGAAGCUUGGGUUUGAGGACCAAGGGAGUGUGGAAAUGCCUGGGUCGAAUGGGUAUAUGGAACACUUAAUGAUUAGACCGGCGUUCUCUAGAUGAAUUGCGUGAGCACUAUUUGGCUCGUGACGACCCUGAUGAGCAGGGUAUACCACGGAUUCUCAGAGAUAGUUGAGCUGAUAGCUCUGACUCUGGGAACUGCCAGCGGCAUGAUUUUGUCCGUGGUUACUCUCGAUGGCAGAGAAAGAGUUAUUUGUUCGGAGAAAGGCGAGCUGGCCACAUGCCUCCAAUAAACCUCUGCGGCACCAUUUCGCUCUUCUUCACUCUCAACGGCAGAGAAGCUGUUCUUUGUUCGGAGGAAUACAGGCUGUCCAAAUGUCUCCAAUAAACCUCUGCGGCGCCAUUUCGCUCUUGUCCAACCCCGGAAGCACACAAUCAUCAUCGGUUCCGGAGAGAGGUGGCCGUUAGCUUCUGUCUCAGACAAAUGUAUGGAGUAUUAUUUUGCACUUGGCCAGCCCAGUGAGCACACAGACCUAUUCAUGCUCAGAGAAAGAACGGGUGAAGUAGCUUGUCUCAGAAAUAUAUCUGCAGCGAAAUCUUGCACGUUUCCAACUCGUUUGGCGUGGAGCUCGAUAUGAAGCGGAGA